CCCUCUAUUGGUCCACCGCCCGUCCGUCAUAGCAUCGUGGGCGGGACUUUGAGGCCUCGGCUCCCGAGAGGCGAGAAAAAGCUAAAGCUGCACUUUUCCAGUGUUCUGUUGCAGAAGCUACCGCUGAGUCUCGCGCACUCACGCUGUCGCGCACUCGCUCGCAGUUCGUAGCGUCUCGCCGGCGGAAUCCCGGAAAAGAGCGGUGUCCGCGGGGAGGGGGGAGGAAAGGCAGCACUCGGCGCGCGAGGACACACUGACUGCACGGCACAGCGUCGCGAGCCCUCACCUGGAUAAACUCGUGCGCCCGCGUGCGGGGAGAAAAGAAGGGGCGGACGGAAAGAAGAAGCAAGUCGAGCAUCUCUCCGCGCCGGUUCGGGUGAAGGAAACGAGAAGAAUAUGAUCGUGAAAGGGCACCUGCUCUUUGCCCUCUACAGCAUCUGCGGGAUCGUUCUGAGAGCGGCUGCAACGAAAAACAAAGCCAGAGGAAACCAGGGCCAGUUCCCCAUCGUUCACAACGUGACAGUGACGGAGGGCGGAACGGCCAACAUGACCUGCCGCGUGGAACACAAUGACAACACCUCCCUCCAGUGGUCAAACCCUGCACAGCAGACGCUCUUUUUCGGGGACAAGAAAGCACUGAGGGACAAUCGCAUCGAGCUGGUUCGUGCUUCCUGGCAGGAACUGACCAUCAGCAUCAGCGAGGUGACACUGCAGGAUGAAGGUCUGUACACGUGCUCCCUCUUCACCAUGCCCAUCAAGACAGCCAAGGCCUACCUUACCGUGCUGGGUGUCCCAGAGAAACCUCAGAUUGAUGGUCUCACAAAGCCUGUCAUGGAGGGGGACCACAUCACACUGACCUGCGUGACUUCUGGGAGCAAACCGGCUGCCGACAUCCGAUGGUUCCGCAAUGAGAAGGAGAUCAAGGGCGCCAAGGAGGUAAAUGCCAGCGGGAAGACAUUCACAGUCAGGAGCUCCCUCCAGCUGCAAGUGGACCGAAGCGACGACGGCGUGGCCUACACCUGCCGCGUGGAGCACGUGGCUCUGGCUUCAUCGCCCCACCAGGCCACUGAGGUGCUGGAGGUCCACUAUGCCCCACGUGUAGAGAUCACACACUCCUCGGUGUUUCCCCAGGAAGGCCAGUUUUUGAAACUGGAGUGUGUGUCCAAGGGAAACCCCUCACCCGACCCCGUCCUGUGGACGAAGGACGGGGGGGAACUACCCGACAUCGACCGCAUGAUCGUGGAAGGCCGAGAGCUGAUCAUCACGUCCCUGAAUAAGACGGACAAUGGGACGUACCGCUGCGAAGCCAGCAAUCACCUGGGCACGAGCAGCGCCGAAUACGUGCUCUACGUGUACGAUGUCCCCACCACAAUGCCUCCAUCUUCAGCUCUCCCCACCCAGCCUACAACCCCAGACAUUGCUUUCUUUGACCCCCACGGCACCAAAUCUGCAGCCACUGGCGUUGUGCGAGAUCCCAACGCUCUGGAGCAGAGUGGACCGGACCACGCGCUGAUCGGAGGAGUGGUCGCCGUCGUUGUGUUCGUCACCCUCUGUUUAAUAAUUGUGCUCGGACGAUACCUGGCAAGGCAUAAAGGAACGUACCUGACGAACGAGGCCAAAGGAGCAGACGAUGCCCCCGAUGCAGAUACGGCCAUCAUCAAUGCCGAGGGCAACCACGCGCACGCAGAGGAGAAGAAGGAGUACUUCAUUUAGACUGGCCCCCCCGCCACGCCCGCGAGCCCUGCCCCCCCCCCGACCCCCGUCGAGCUGCGUAGGAAAGCCGGCACUCAGCUCAAGCGCAUUCUUACCCCAGUCCCUCACUGUUGGCCUUUUUCUUCUUUUCUUUCCUUUCCUUUUCUUUGAAGGUCGGUCCUCUCCAUUCUUCUCUCCGACUCGCCUGCCUCUCACUGGCCAGUUUUUACGAGCGAAUAGCUGCUGACGAUGUCAUCUUUUCUAUUUACAGUGUUUCUGUGCAAAGAAACCCAAAAUUCCAGAACCAUUGUGAUCAUUGAACCCCUUCCCCCACCCUCCAUCAACCUUUUCCCUCCAAAUUUUUCCCAACAUUUUCUGUACAGUGCCUAAAUAUACAGACAUCCACUGAAUUAUGGGUCAAUGCCUUCGUUUAUGUAACUGAUGUAAGCGGUUACUUGCUCUAUCUCGACUUACUACUACAGUGACAAAAGCAAUGAUCAUUAUUAUUUCUGCUGUUUUUCUAGAGUAAUAUUAGCUCAGAACCCUCCUUCACCUUAUUUAGUAAUGUAGCCGUUCUGUUUACCCCAUUCGAAUGUAUCUGUCACACCCCGCAUAUUUACCCAGAAGAAUCCCAUGUGCUUAGUUCAGCACAGGGAGGUCUGUUGCAGUGCCAACAUGCUUCGACAAAAUACUUUCGAAAGAUCGGUAGACAGCCAUAGCCAUACUGGAAUAUGACGAAUAAUGAAAACGUUACUGCUGCGAGAAUGAGCAUUUCAAGAAGGAUGUUUUCAGAAAGUUUACAGUGAUAUUAACCUGCGAAAUUCACUUGAACUUGUGAGGGACCACUUAUACAUCCACAAGCAACGGUGAAUGUGAGAUUUAUGUCGAUGAAGGGGCAACGCAAGGUGACUAAAGAUGGCUAUAGGUCCGAACACAUGAGCACAAUCUGAAGAGUUUUAAUUUUUUAUCGCAACCUUAAUGUCUUAACAGCUUUCCUUGUUGCGUCUGUAUAUUCCUGCACUGUUGAACAUCUUCGCCGCUGACGCGCAAUGUUCUCCCGGCGUGGCCGGGAUCUCGGAAGAGAACCUCCACGUAGUCGCACGUGUCGGGCCAAAGAAGGUCUUCUUGCUCCUCGAGCGUUUCUCUUGGCUGAGAUGCAAUUGGGCGGAAUCUCUGUCCCGUCGAAUGUCCGUCUGCCGAGGGACAGUUUGACUUUUGAUUUUUUGAGCUGAAUGUAUGUCAAAUAGGAGAGAUUCAUUUGGAGGGACGUGAAACGGAAACAUUACAGAACAGAACCGCGUGAGAACAUUGCGUGUCAGCUGGUCUAGGCCUUUUUUCUCAUUGUUUGAUAAUAAAAUUAAUAAAUUACAAAAAAAUACAGAAGCACAAAAUAGUUUUAUGGCGAAACUGUAUUCAUUUGCCAACAGGUGGACUGACUCAGGAUUCCGAGGUGAGUCUAAUUUAGUAAUUAGACUUUUCAAACCAGUGGGCAAAAUUCGGCUCUCCCCAAGUCAAUCCGUUCAAAAGAUGUUCUGAGGUUAUUUAACGAAAAAGUGAACAGUAGGAAGUGUUUUUAAAGACUGAAACUGUCUUUUAUUUGUAUAACAAAUAAGCUCCCUUGUCAAUACAGCUGUAUAUUACGUCUGCUAAAUGUGGUUACUAGUGAAAUUGUUGUUAGAUUUUGGGAUCACUCUUACCUUAAAAUUUGUAUAUUAGCCAAUUUAUCUAUUGAAAAUAAUCUAUAAAUCUUUUCAAUUUGUCAUUUGUCACUGCUUAUAUUAAAUAAGAAAUAUGAAAAGAGUGUUUUCUUUCAGCGCAAAGGCAUGUAUAUAAUGUGUAAGUACUAAACUUUGGUAAUACAUAUGUUUUCUCCCAAUCUUUUAUUUUAAUUUAUUUCAUUUCCUAUAAUUCCAUUUACCAUGAUUUGCUGGAAUAAAAAUGUUGGUCUUUUUUCGAAGAGUGACAGUAACAUACUGUUAGCAAAGACUAUUAAAUACUGCUUUGCUGAAGUGUACGGUAAUCUUGUAGGAAGAGCUCUCAGCAAUUUAAAUAACACACUCAGUGUGUGUGUGUGUGUGUGUGUGUGUGAGCAUGUGUGUGGGGGGAUCAACACAAAUGGCUGGAAAACAAAUCGAUCAGCUCAUCACCCUGUUUUCUGAGAAUGAGCCAUUCUCAGCACAGCCGUCAUGGUUAUAUGCCCUCUGUACGAUUGCAACUUGUCAUGUGCUUUGGCAAUAUACUGCAUUAUUAUUAUUAUUAUUAUUAUUAUUAUUAUUAUUAUUAUCUCAAGCUUUAAGAUUCCAAACAACUCUUUUAGUGUCAUCUUUACCAUGCAGAGAAUAAACUGCUAGUUCAUUCGUGAUGUUUCACAUAAUAUUUAUACUAGUAAAUGCCCAUGGAUAUCCAUCACUGGUCACCCACAGCACAUGAAAAGAGGAGGCUGGAAACCUGUCGUGUCUGAGGUGUGACCGCAAGCACUCAAAAGAGCGUCACACAAUUUUCCGUCACAAAGAGCAGAAAUUGAUGUUGAGGCGCUUGAGGUCAAACGAGAUGCUUUUUAGAAGCCCAGAAGUUGUGGAGCUGUGAGCAAAUCACCGCUGUUGAUGAAGACUUGGCCACUUGGAGGACAGGCAAUGCUUAAUGCUGUGCGUGCAGACGGCCACGUUUACAUCUCAUGAUUUCCAACCUCCCCUGUCGGUGUGUCCUGUACUACCGCACAUCCCAGAUGUUCACUUCCUCGCACACCCCACAACAAUGCAAGGUGACAUUUUGUCAUUUUGGGAAGGAUGUAUGUGUGUGUGCUCUUGUUCAGGGCUGGAAAGAGCCAAGUUACUGCUUUGCAAUGACGUCCGGGGGUCGUGUCUAAAUGUUUCCUACUUUAAGUCAAAGUCAUUCAUGACAAUGUAUCGGAAUAAAUCAAGCAGCUUCAGUACAACGAUCACCACGAUUGCCUUUGUGUUUUCAGCAGUGUCACUGGCAUAUUGAGCAGCAGGUACACACCAAACGGGAGGUUCGUUGCCUCUCUUUGCGUCACAAAACUUGCAUCAGUGUUGUACCGGCGUGUAACAGUGCUCUUAUUUUUAAAGCAUGAAUCAGCUUUUUUAAAACUUUUUUAUUU